AUGGUCCGCGAACAGUACACUACAACCACAGAAGGUACCCACAUACAGAGGCCAGAGAACCAGUGUGUCUACAAAAUUGGCAUUUAUGGCUGGAGAAAGCGUUGCCUAUACUUAUUUGUUCUUCUUCUACUCAUCAUCCUCCUUGUGAAUUUUGCUCUUACGAUUUGGAUUCUUAAAGUGAUGUGGUUUUCCCCAACAGGAAUGGGUCAUUUGCGUGUUACAAAAGAUGGUCUUCGCCUAGAAGGAGAAUCAGAAUUUUUAUUCCCGUUGUAUGCCAAGGAAAUACACUCCAGAGUGGACUCAUCUCUGCUUCUGCAGUCAACUCAGAAUGUGACGGUCAAUGCACGCAACUCUGAAGGAGAGGUCACAGGCAGAUUAAAAGUGGGUCCCAAAAUGGUAGAGGUCCAGAGUCAACAGUUUCAGAUCAACUCCAAGGAUGGCAAGCCACUGUUUACUGUGGAUGAAAAGGAAGUUGUGGUUGGUACAGAUAAACUUCGAGUAACUGGCCCCGAAGGUGCUCUUUUUGAACAUUCAGUGGAGACCCCCCUCGUAAGAGCUGACCCAUUUCAGGACCUGAGAUUAGAGUCCCCCACACGGAGUCUAAGCAUGGAUGCCCCAAAGGGUGUUCAUAUUAAAGCUCAUGCUGGGAAAAUCGAAGCUCUUUCUCAAAUGGAUAUCAUUUUUCAAAGUAGUGAUGGAAUGCUUGUGCUUGAUGCUGAAACUGUGUGUUUACCCAAGUUGGUUCAGGGGACUCAGGGUCCCGCCGGCAGCUCACAGAGACUCUAUGAAAUUUGUGUGUGUCCAGAUGGGAAGCUAUACCUGUCCGUGGCUGGCGUGGGUACCACAUGCCAUGAACACAGUCACAUCUGCCUCUAA